AUGCCUCAAGAAAAACGAUUAUUCAGUAGUGACUCAGAGGAAGAAGAAGAUUACAAGCCCGCCAAAAAGCAAGCUGGCACGUCAAAAAAGGUAGAAUCUUCAGAAGACGAUUCGGACAUGUCAGACGACGUCUCCUCUUCUGAAGAAGAAAAGAAACCUAAGAAGAAACAACCAGCUAAAAAGACCAAAGAAAAGACCAAAGAAAAGACCAAAGAAAAAAAGGCUGAUGUGGAACGUAAUGCGGAUGGCGAUCAAAUCUUUCCUUUGUCAGUAAAGAGAAGAGUUACAGUGAAAUCUUUUCCAAAUGGGGGAGCUGCCAUUGAUAUCAGAGAGGUAUAUUUGGAUAAAAGUGGUGAGCAACGUCCUGGCAAAGGUAUUUGUUUACCAUUGGAUCAAUGGAAGAAAUUAACUGCUUUCUUACCUGAUAUUGAUGAAGCUAUUGCUGCACUUCCUAGCAAGAAGUAA